AUGGUAACUCUGCCCGCCGCGCGAUUCAGUCCGCUUCUGGCCGCCGUCUUUUACGCGCCCUCCGCCGUUGCCCGCUUCAGGCUACGUCCCUCACCUCCAUCGGCGUCGGUUCGCAGGCCGCUUCCUCCGCAGUCCAUGUCCAGUCUAUCCUUUCUCAGCGCCUUGCUUGGAUCUCCCUCGUCUACGUCGUCCAAAAUGUCGUACCCCGAUCAGCGCUCGGACGACGAAUGGCGGGCUGUUCUCAACAAAGAACAAUUCCGGAUCCUUCGAGAAAAAGGCACUGAGCCACCGGGCUCUGGAAAAUAUGACAAGCACUACCCCGAGGAAGGUGUCUACGCCUGCGCCGCCUGUGCCGCUCCGCUGUACAGGGCUAGCCAGAAGUUCAAGUCUGGUUGCGGAUGGCCGGCCUACUUUGACAGCAUUCCCGGUGCUGUUACGAGGCACGAGGACCGGAGCCUUGGCAUGGCCAGGACCGAGAUUGUCUGCUCCAGCUGCGGCGGACAUCUCGGCCAUGUUUUCAAAGGCGAAGGGUUUCCCACGCCCACCGAUGAACGGCACUGCGUGAACAGCGUCAGCCUAAACUUUACAUCCGGAGGCAAGGUGGGGGGCGAUGGCUCGAAAGAAAGCAAGGCGUGA